AUGGAUCAAGAGAGAACUCACUGCAUCCACUUUCUGGUCCUCCUCUUCCUCCUCCUUCCUUCCCCUCCCUCAUCUCUCCACUGCAAAUACAGCUCUGCUUCGACACCCAAACUGAUCUUCGAUUCCCCUCCCAGAUCCUCUGUGAAAAAUGCUACUUCACAGCUCUCCUCCUGCACAUCCGUCAUCUUCUCCCUCCCUGCCCCCAAAGCAAACUCAGCAGAAAUGAAUUCAAGAAGAAGCAUAUAUCCUUCUGUUUGUCCUCUUCGCCGAAGAAAUCAAAUCAAGAAGCCAAUUCCCUCCGCAAAAUUCAAUCUUACAAAGCAGUUUCUUCUCUUCCUGCAAUCUGGUUUCUCACCUUAUAAGGAGAUGGAAAAUGUCACCUGUCCGGUAAUCAAAACCCGGAGCUUUGAAACACCCAGGCCUGGUUCUUCCCUGUUUCAAGAUCACGAAAAAAAAGCCCUUCUUCUUGGCGUCUGCUCACCCCUGCUUGCCAUUAUGUCAGCACUCUCCGCUAUCUGGUCAUAUUUCAGAAAAAUCUUCAAAAAGAAGGAAAAAACGCCAGAAAUCACAGAUCUAGAAACUCCUGUUUCUUCCCCCCUUUCAAACGCACUAGCAGGAUUCCCUAGGUACAGAUACCGCGAACUUAGCGCUGCCACCAAACAUUUCAAUCUAUCAGAACUGCUCGGCAGCGGACGAUAUUCUUUUGUCUACAGAGCUAUCUUUCGUGGAUCAGUGCAAAUGUAUGCAGUGAAGAGAUUCAAUCAGAAUGCUGCCAGCAAGCUCAGCUUCGAAAUCGAAGCAACCACCAUACAUCGCCUUCAUCAUGGCAAAAUACUCGAGCUGAGGGGGUGGUGCGAUGAAAACCCUAACGAACCCCUUCUUGUCUACGACUACAUGCACAACAGAAGCCUGCAGGAAGCCCUUUGGAAUCGCCAUCGAUCUCUCCGAUGGCACGUCAGGUACAACAUUGCAGUAGGUGUUGCAGAGGCUCUAGUCUAUCUUCAUGAAGAAUGUCAGCCUCGUGUGAUUCAUUCAGAUAUCAAAGAAGGAAAUGUGAUGCUGGAUGCUGAUUACAAUCCCAAGUUGGGAGAUUUUGGUCUGGCCAUGAAUGGUCCUCCCUAUACGAUAAGGCGUGAGAGGACUGAGAGGGAUCCACCGGAGUGUCAGCCAUUCGAAGAAGUUACAGUGAAGUUUGAUGUUUACUUGUAUGGAUCGAUGCUGCUUGGGCUUUGCUGUCGGAGGAAUGAGCAGCUGAAGAAAUUUUGCAGGAGGCUUCGGAAUCUGAAGGUGGAAGGCAGACUUCUGGAGGCUGUGGAUCAGAGUUUGAAUGGAAGAUACAAUGAGGAGGAGAUGUUGAGGCUUCUGAAUGUGGCGCUGCAGUGUUUGGAGCAGCGGGUUCAGAGGAGGCCUUCAAUGGUGGAGGUGCUUCAGAUUCUGAUGGAGGGAGCAGGGGGAGAGAUUGAAGAAGAUGAACCUAUUUUCUUUCUUGAAAUAUAA